AUGGGAAAUUGGGAAUCUCAGAUCAAGGGAGAUGUGAAGUCAUUCUGGAUGAAGAGGAUUCCAUUGGCACUUCUUACAACCAUUAUAGAUGCAGACGGUGGUAAGCAUUAUGAGAUCAUGGCAGUGGCAGAGAAAGACAAUGGAGAUGACAAGGAAGAGACAGUCUUUGAUAGCAGUCAACAAGCUCCAGCGAAGAUGGUGUAUACGAUUUUGAACAACCUGGAAUCAAGUAAAUUGACCAGAGUCGAGAAAAGGAACAAAUGGAAAGCAAGUCCCAACCCAACCAGGCAGUUGCUAGCCCGUUGGAUAUUUCAGUCACAGGAUCUGUAUCUCAGGAAGAAAGGGGAGGUUGUCAUUACAUUAUGUGUUAGUGAGGGCAGGAACAUGGGGGACCGGUUGAUCAUGCAAGCUUCUAGAGAAGAACUAUUAAACGCCCAACUUGAAGCUCAUAACAUUGACUGCCAACUAGAUAGGGACCAAAGGAAAGACCAUUUGGAUACACAUGCUGCUGUGAAUAAACUCACAGAUGCUCUACUGGGAAUUGCAAAAAGGUUCCAUGAGAAAAUGUUAAAACAGAGAUCCUAA